AUGUCCGAAGAACAGAAGCCCGUUGCCAACGUCGAGGCAGAGCAGGAUGUGCAGAACGUCCUUGCUGAGCUGAAGGGAGAGAAUGGCGCCGAGAAGCCUACCCAGGAAGACCCCGAAGAGGCUCGCAUUGUCGCCGAGGCUGCCAAGCUGGGUGAGAAGUCCGAGAAGUCUCAGGAGAAGUCGCAUCACGAGGAGUCGCGCGGUUACCAGCGCGGUCCCCGUCGCAAUAACGCCAAGUUCGACCCCUCCUCCCAGAAGGAGACCGACGACCCCGUCGAGAUCCGCAAGCAGGUUGAGUUCUACUUCUCCGACUCCAACCUUCCCCUAGACCGUUUCAUGCUCUCCCAGGUCGGUGGCAGCGCCAACAAGGCAGUUCCUCUGGAGACAUUGCACUCCUUCAAGCGCAUGCGUCGCUUCCAGCCCUUCAGCGCCGUUGUUGAGGCUCUUAAGACAGCAGAGACCGUUGAGCUUGUUGACAACGACACCGCUGUCAAGCGCAAGGUUCCUCUCCCCGAGUCCAUCACCACCGAGACCAACGAGAACGCUGCCAAGGUCUUCGAGGAUAAUGCCAUGCCCCGUAGCAUCUACGUCAAGGGCUUCGGACGUGAAGAGCCCAGCACUCAGUUUGACAUUGAGAAGUUCUUCGCUCCUUACGGACCUACUAACGCCAUCCGUCUGCGCCGCGGCCACGACAAGGGUUUCAAGGGCAGUGUUUUCGUCGAGUUCUCCACCGAGGACCAGCAGAAGGCAUUCCUCGCUCGUGAGGAUAAGCCCCAAUGGAAUGGCGAGGACUUGAUUAUCAAGAGCAAGAAGCAGUACUGCGAGGAGAAGGUCGAGGAGAUCAAUGCCGGCAAUAUCGAGGCCAACCCCCGUCACGGUGGCCGUGGUGGUGGUCGCGGUGGUCGCGGUGGUCGUGGUGGACGUGGUGGCCGUGGCCGUGGUGGUCGUGGUGGCCGUGGUGGCCGCGAUCGUGAUAACCGUGAUAGCCGUGACGGCCGUGACUGGCGGGAGCGUCGCGAUGAGGACCAGAAGAAUGGCUUCAAGGACCGUCAGCCAGAGAAGGAUUCUCGUGGCGUCCCCGUCAUUCAGAGCACCUCCGGCGAGAAGCGCACUCGCGAUGACGAUGCCAACGGCGACCGCCCUGCUAAGAAGGUCGAUGCCAAGCAGUAA